UCCUGAGCUGCUGACAGCAGGCUCCCAGACAGCUGUGCCCCACACGGAGCAGCACCCUGCCCCGGUACCUGCAGACCCAACAGAUCUCCACUGCAGGGACGCCUGCAUCUACACUGCAACCUUUCUGAGGACUAAAACCACCCGACGGCCCCACAAGAAGCAGAGAACAGCCCAACAUGAUUAACUGCACUAUAAACAAUACAUCGCAGGAAGGCAUUGUGCUAUUUCAAUUUAUCAUCUACCUCCCAACGGUUUCUUUGGGGAUCCCACUGACGAUGACUGCCUUCUGGAUCUUCUGCUGCAAGCUCAAGAUAUGGACCGAGACCAGGGUGUAUAUGAUCAAUCUCAUGGUUGCGGACAGUUUCCUGCUCUUCGCCCUGCCUUUCGUCAUAUAUUUUACCAAGUGUAACUAUCCCUCCGACAAACUGUGUGCUGUCAUAGAGAACAUCUAUUUUAUAAACAGGCCUAUGAGCAUCCUUAUCAUCACCCUGAUUGCAAUUGAUCGAUACAUUGCAAUCAAGUUCCCUCUAAAAGCAAAGAUGCUUCGAUCCCCACUAAAAUCGGCUUCUACCUGUGUGUUUCUUUGGAUAACGCUGAUAAUUUACGUCAACUUGAGGCAAAGAUUUUAUCCAAAGGAUACAUAUAAUACUACAGAUAAGAAAAAAAUCUGCUUUCAGAAAGAAUCUACUGAACCUAAUUAUUCAUUAUUAUUCUCCAUUAUCUUUGGGUAUUUUAUUCCCUUAGUGAUUGUGAUUUUCUGCUCAGUACAAGUCAUCACAUAUCUCAAAAAGAAGAUGGCCACUAGCCCUUACGAGACAAAGUUAAUGCGGAAAGCAAUCCACAUUAUUUCUGUGAAUUUGUGCGUGUUCAUUGUAUGUUUUUCACCUUUCUACAUCACACUGCUCUUGCGGUUUGCAGUGGAUUUUGUUAAAGAUUUUUCUCUGCUCUGGAAAGUUAGAACCUCUAUUCAGAUCUGUGCAUGCUUAGCAGAUUCUAACUGCUGUUUGGAUGCAUUUUGCUAUUACUUUGCAGCCAAGGAAUGUCAGGAAUUUCCUUCUGUGUUCCCAACCUGUAUAUCAACGAGGUUCAAGACGAACCAAAGCCAAGAGUCACAGCCACCCACAGACCAAGUAAUGAUAUGAACAAGGUGCAGUAUGCAUUAUAGGCAUUAAGAGCCACAGUGCUGCUGAAGUUUCAAGGCAGAGGGACUGGGCCCACCUACAGUAUUUGCAAUCAUUGUAGGUAUAGGCAUAUCUGCAAAAAGGGGCAAACCCCUACAAGGUGUCUGAUAUUAACUUGUAUUUUUUCCUUCUGUCAUCAGUGACUUGACUCUAGCUCUGAGUAUUGUCUUGGAUUGUUGAAUUGCAGCUUCAGGCAUCUCCUGGACGAGAGGGAGAGCCAUGUGGUAUGGAGACCAUUGUUUCUGCUGUAUGCUUAUUCAUACAUAUCAUGCAGUUAAACACAGGAAACUGAGCACCCUUGCAGUAAAACACAAAUCCACUUCUAGCACUGUAAAAUAUAUGGUCACUUAAAAACAAGAAUAAGCCCUUAUACUACAAUGCCAAACCUACUACAUCUGUGCUGCUCACAUCAAAGAAUUUGCCCUUACAGUGGUAGUUUCCUACCAGCCUGUAUAAUUUCAAAGCUUGCAGCUAUCACCUGCAAUCACCAAUGCAGCUAUUGCUGUGCUUGGAGUGAAGCGCAGGAGUCAGACAGUGGCCUGAGACUAUUGCCCCGUUCCUGCCAUAUAACACUCGUGUUAGCUUGUUGCAAUGCCCUGGCAUUUGUGAGGCUAAAAUCAUUGUGGGUAUAAAUAAAGCCAUUGUUGCAUGGAAAAACUGAGCUAUGCAAAGCGUUGUCGACCACAGAACAGACCCUUAGCAUUGCGCAUAUCAAGUGUAAAGCUGUGAAGAUCUGAUCUCACCCCAGUGACUACCGUAAGCCCUGGUGAAAGGUUUGUUGUUGGACUUUAACUGGAUCAAAUCUUCAAUGGGUGUCCUGUCUGGCGAGAGGUGAUCGCAUCUGCCAGAGCCAUCACAGCCUCAUGCUACAGGAGUGUUGAUGUGCAGAAAACAGCAGUGAGAAACAUGAAGCAGAUGCAGUCCUGAUCCCUCCCUCACCAUCCAUGAACAGUUUUCAGGGGAAGUUUGGUGAGAUUGGCAUGUAUAAGGCUCUUCUGCAGAGAUAGGGCAGGCCCACCACUGAUGGCUUCUUAGCAUUGUCCUGUGUGAUGAAGCCUUGAUCUAUCCUAGCUGCAACCCAGACCAGGAACCAGUUUCAAUGUCUGGCUUUCAGGUACCUAAUUCCUCUAUAGUAUCUUUGUUUGCUGACUAUGCACACAUAUCCUCCCACCCCACAGGGAAGUGACAGCAGAGCAGCUCAAAACAGUUAAGCCACAAGGUCUUGGGGCACCAGAAGAGACCCAUAGAGAAACCUGGGCUGAGAGGGAAGCCAGUGGCAGGGUGUGACUACUUCGUGUUUAUCUGCACAGAUAUUUCAUCUAACAUUUUACCACACAGUCACCUCAAUAACUUACAGUCAGCAUGGGAAACAUUAUAUAGAGUUUUUGAAAUGCAUGUGAUAGCUCUAUGUUUGCUUCAUGGUCCUUGACUUUCAGUGUCCUCUGGCUUGUAAACGCCUCAAAAAUUCCUCUGGGGAAUGCAAACCCAUAUUCUGCUCAUUUAAACCUACAGCCAAUUAACCUUCUUAGUGACAACUUACAAACAGAUCCCCAACAAGUGGCCUGUCACCCCCUGGUGGCUGCAGACCACAUGCUGAAAACACUGUCCACCCGUUGGCCAAACAACACCGGAAACAACUAUUCCCAUCACAGAAAGUACUCCCCAUUCAAAUGUUACAUCUACCUGCUUUCUGUCAAUAAUUUGGCAGAGAUUCCAGCAUGCUGCAGUGAGCAACUGCAGCACAAAAAUAGAUGAAACUACUCAGGUCAUUCAGUUGAUCACUUAUGUCCAAUUUUCUUCUUUGGUGUAUUAUUUAAUGUUCUGGCAUCACUGGUAUUUCACUGCAAGCAGAGCAAACCGGCCAUGUGUGUAUGUGACCAACUUAACCAUCGCACACUGUUUGGCCCUCAUUCUACCUUUUAAAGUCUACUUUCAAAGACAGGAAAAGAUAUGAGAGACAAAUAGUGCCUGAUCUUAAAAACCAUCUACUGCUUAAGGAGAUGCACGAGUGUUGUCACCUCGUAGCUGUCAACAAACACUCUGCAAUUAACUAUCCUUGAAGAGCAAGAGGCUUAGGGUCCCCAUUAGCCCAUUCUCCUUUGUGGAGUGCUGUCAGUCUUCAUGACAGGCAUCACUUACGUGUCCAGGCAAGUGGUGUUCAGCAAGGGAAAAGACUUCUGUUUUCAGAAGCAGUGAAGAGGUCCUUCAAAAACACUUUUGGCUCUGGGAUCCACUUCUGGGAUUUUGCAUCUCAUCGGUUAUAAAGAAUGCCUGUUCCAAGCAGAUUAUUAUGAAAAUAUUUAGUAUUUAGAAAAAAGAUGAACGUUGAUUCAUAUUAACCUGUUACCCUACUGUUAAUCCAGAAAGGGAACAACUGACUUUUUUGGUAAACCCAAUCAUAUUAAUGUUUUCUCCCUGUUAACACAGGGCAGCUUGUCCAAUUUAAAAUGAGCUCCAAUUAGGUCGUCUACUCUGAAACACUAAACAGUAAUGCUUUUGUGCAUGUGGCCUCAUUUAUAGGCCUCAUAGUAAAGCAAAUGCUAACUGCUGUUGAGAUGCCAUUUGCUACUGUUUGGUAACCAAAGAAUUUCAGAGCUCUUUCUUCUUAGCCAAGCCUAUAGUUUUUAAAUCAAGGAAGGAUCACAGACAAGGCACUCUACUGAACUAAACAGCUGCCAUGGUUUCACCCUAGCCAGCAGCUAAGCACCGCUCAGCCACUCGCUCACCCCCUGUCGGUGCCAAAACCAGUACACCAGCUGGGCAAUAGAAUUUAUACUUAUCAUUCCUAAACAUAGCCAAGCUUAAUGCGUGUAGAGCUGGGUGAAGUGAACGUUGUUUUCUUGUAGGAAGCAAACUGAGGUCUCCCGCCAUUCAUGUUCUAAAUUUAGAAAACAAAGUGUUCCUUAUUGUAAAGGGGAAAUUUGUUGACUUCACAAUGGCUGUCAAUGUUAAGUCAUUUUUUGUUGUUUGUAGUGAAUGCAACACAAAAGGAAACAUUCUUUUGUAAGUGGAAAUAAAGCUAUCUCCUAGUAACAUAUCUAUAAAUUAAUAAAUGCAUAUUUAUUUAUUACCAUUAUA